AUGGCUUCGUCUGUCAACGGAAAUUCCACUUCUGAGACCCAAAAUGGUUCCCAGAUCAAGUAUGGCGAGCGCCUGCUACCACAGGUCCUCGACAACUGGGCAGCCGAGGAUCCAGACUACAUCGUAGGCAUGAUGGCCAAACCCGAAUCCACAACCGUCCCACUGGACUUCACCGAGCUCAGCGUCUCCCAACUCGCCAGCACCGUGGACUACACGUCGCACUGGCUCGCCAAAAACCUCUCCACCGCACCCCAGACCACAACCACACCUGAGACAAUAGCCUUCGUCGGCCUGCAAGACUUCCGCUACAGGGUCAUGUGGUACGCAGCCCUCAAAUCGGGCCGGCAGCUCCUCCUCCCCAACCCACGCAACGCCCUGUUCAACACCGUCUCCCUACUCCGGAGCACCCACUGCACCACCCUCUUCUCCACCGGCCCGUUCAACGGCCAAGCCACCGCACUCGCGCAAGCUGUUCCAAGCCUGCGGACCGUAGCUCUGCCCCCACUGGAUGAGAUGCUGCUCACCCCAACACCAACACCACACUACCCCUACACCAAGACCUUCUGGCAAGCCAGGAACGACAUCGUGCUCAUCGUCCACACAUCCAGCAGCACCGGCGACCCGAAGCCCGAUCAUCCCCUUCACCAACGCGUUCUCCAACCGCGCCGACCGCGACGCCCUGAUCCCGCCCGUGGAGGGGGGCGCGAGCACGCCAGCACGUUCGCGCUGUGUCGGCCGGUCACCAAGGUGUUCCUCGGCACGAAUUUCUUCCAUCUGAGCGGGAUCCAUUUCUCGACCGCGGCGCUGUUCAGACGAUUCACAACGGUUUGGGGUCCGCCGGAUCAGCUGCCGAGGGGUGAGGUGGCAGCGGAUGUUCUGAAGAGCGUCCGUGUGCAGGUGGUGGUUGUCGUGCCGAGCGUGUGCGAUGCCGUGUUCAUGGGAUACGGGAGGGAGCUCAUGGAGCAGGAGCACUUGCAGGAACUCGAGCACGUGAACUGGACCCUCGCUGACGCAACCGGCGACUGGAUAACCACGCACCUCCCGCGCGUCAAACUCUGGCAGAUCUUUGGUUCGACUGAGGUGGCCGCGCUCCCGCUCCUGAUACCCCGGGCACGCUCGCACUGGUCCUACAUCGAGUUCCACCCCGUCAUCGGCCCGGCGCUCGACGCUACCUCCGACGACCCUGCGCUCUUCGAAGUCGUGCGCCGACCGCUGCCGCCGGGCGCGCCGGAAUACACCUGA